AUGGAUUUAUUAUUUGGUCGACGUUGGGAUAUCUCCAGGCGACAUAUGUGGGAGGAAAAACUUGGUCGUUAUGGGCCACUGGUGAAGAAGAGUGUGUCUUCUCUGAAAAAAGAAGAUCUGAUGGGUAAGAAAGUAUUAGUGAAAGUUGAUCUGGACGUUGCGUUGAAUGACGACUUGAGCAUUCGUGAUGAGACCAGAAUCCGAGACGCUCUUCCUACUAUUAAGUAUAUUAUUAGUUGUGGCGCUCGUGUUAUUCUCCUCUCCCAUCGUGGUUAUCCAAUUGACAAAGGAGAAUGGAGGGGUUCUGCUGCUGGAAAAUGUAAAGAUUCAACAGAGGAGAGAUGGCGUGUGAGAAAGAUCAGUUUGCAGAUCGAGCAGCUGGCGUCUCUUGCAAAUUAUUAUGUCAAUGAUUGCUUUUGGACUUCAAACGAACCACACGCUUCCAGCAACGGGGUUACUCGAUACAUCCCAGGAGUUGCUGGACUCCUUAUGAAAAAGGAACUUAAGUAUCUAUUUGAAGAUCUAGCGAGCGUAAACAAGCCAUUUCAUGCCAUUGUUGGUGGUUCAAGGCUUUCAACUAGGAUUGGCGUGAUAGACAACCUUUUUGACAAGGGGGAUUGGAGGUCUCAUCUUUACUUUCUUAGCGGCCGCUGGCUACUCUGUUGGAUACUCACUUGUGGAGGAGAACAUGCUUAG